AUCACCGAACAAAAAAUCGCUGAGCCAAAAAUAUUUUUCACUUCAAAAAGAAAAACUUCCUCGCAAGAAUCUCGUCAAAUCCAUUGUCUAUUCUUUCGGAAAAAUAAGUGUGAAAAUUUUACGUGAAUUUCAUUUUCAUAAUUAAAAGCAAACAUAAUCAUUUGCAUUUAAAAAAGUAUUAUUGAUUUAUUCUAUUCAAGAAGAAAUUAAAAAAUAAUCAUCAUCAAACAAAAUGCCUAACAUUAAAUUGCAAUCUUCCGAUGGAGAAAUCUUCGACACCGAUGUCCAAAUCGCUAAAUGCUCUGGAACCAUCAAAACAAUGUUGGAAGAUUGUUGCUUGGAGGAUGGCGACGAUGCCGUCGUUCCUCUGCCAAAUGUCAAUUCGGCAAUUCUCCGCAAGGUCUUGCAUUGGGCCAACUUCCACAAAGACGAUCCUCAACCAACUGAGGACGACGAGAACAAAGAAAAGCGAACCGAUGACAUUUCAUCGUGGGACGCUGAUUUCCUCAAAGUCGAUCAAGGAACUUUGUUCGAAUUGAUUUUGGCAGCCAAUUAUUUGGAUAUCAAAGGAUUGCUCGAUGUUACCUGCAAAACAGUUGCUAAUAUGAUUAAGGGCAAGACUCCUGAGGAGAUUAGGAAGACUUUUAAUAUUAAAAAUGAUUUCACUGCUGCCGAGGAGGAACAAGUUCGCAAGGAGAACGAAUGGUGCGAAGAGAAGUAGAGAGGAGGCAAGAUGAUGAUGAACAAUGAACUAAAAGCCGUCAGUAGUAGAAGUAGUUUGGUAGUUGCAGCAGAAGAGUAAUUUUGGGAUGCGAGAACUUAAAAUUAUGAAAUUAAAAUAAAAAAUCGCUGUCCUUUUAUUUUAAAAUUUAAAUUCUUCACUCACAUUAUUACUAUAAUUUUUUUUUUUUUUUGAUUAAUGG